CGAAGAUGUACUCUUCUGUACUGGCAGUCGUUCUGCUGUUGGCUGCGGCCGACAGCGCCAGGCUCAUUCCACGCAUCUACGGUGGAGACAGCGUCGAGAUCGAGACAUACCCGUACCAGGUGAGCGUACAGUGGAACAAUCGCCACAACUGCGGAGGCUCCAUCAUCUCGCCGUACUGGAUCCUGACGGCCGGUCACUGCGUCUUCGAGUACGAGCUAAAAGACACCAAUGUCCGGGCCGGUACCUCGUUCGUCGAGCGAGGCGGCACCGUGCACCGAGCCGCCAAGAUCAUCAAGCACUCGCGAUUCGGCAUCAAUUCCGGGGGCUCCGCCGAGGGCGACAUCGCCCUGAUCAAGCUCGCCGAUCCCAUCGUCUACGACGCGCAGCACCAACCGAUCGAGAUGUUCGAGCAGGACGAGGAGACCGUGGAGGACACGAAGGCCAUCGUCUCGGGCUGGGGCCAGACUCCCACGACCUGGAAGCCGAGCCAGCUCCAGGCCGUCGCCGUGCCCAUGAUCUCCAAGCGCAAAUGCAGCGAUCUCUACUACAAGAGGUUCGGCCCGCUGCCGUCGGGCGAGAUCUGCGCUCUGGUGCUCGGUGUCGGCGGCAAGGACGCCUGCGUCGGUGACUCCGGCGGCCCGCUGGCCGUCAACCAACGCCUCGCCGGUAUCGUCUCCUGGGGCGAGGGCUGCGCCAGGCCCUACCAGCCCGGCGUAUACACCGAGGUCGCUUUCUACCGCAACUGGAUCGAGCAGGUCAUCCGGGAAAAUUGAAUCUAGUUCGAUUCAACGAGAGCAGUCGAGUUUUUUUACCUAGUGUACUUGAUUUAGCUUAAGUUUUGUAACUUUUUUACACUUCAUAAUUUUUACAAAAUGCGCGGCUGAUUAUGUACUUGACGUCGCUGUAUGAAAAUGAACGAAAAAAAAUAAAUAAA